AUGCUGUGCGUCGCGAAGGUGGCCAAUAAAUACACUUUCAAUGGCACCUCGUGCACGCUGUUUGGAAAGUCGGCUCUCCCCGCCUCCCCCUCCAACACCUUCCGCUUCUUCCCCCUGCCGGACACACUGGAGAACAGGGCUCUUGGCAUGAUCGCUUAUGCAAGCAGCAUUUUUACUUCGAACCCAAUUUAUGCGCCAGGCAGAGCUGUGGACCUCGACGAGACGGACAACAGCCAAUUCAUCUCAGAGACGAGUGACACGAGUCCCUGGUGGCUGCUGUACCUCGGCGUGACGCAGACGGUAUAUGAAAUUCAGAUAAUGACCCGCCGAAAUUACGCCCCUGGGAGGUUUCACGACGUUGAGGUACGUGUGGGAAAUGAGUACAUCGCCAACGGUAACUUCUCCUCGUACACGCUAUUCGCGACAUACAAAGGGCCCUACAACCCCGCCCAGGGCCGCCUGUCCUGCCUCAGCGAUGGUGGCGUGCGCGGCAUCUACGUCUCCAUCAAGAAGAUGAUGGUCGAGUAUGACAGUCAUCUGCAGAUUGCUGAUGUUAAAGUCUUCGUACUUAAGGGGAUUUGAACACUCUGUUAUCGGGGUCCAGUCAAUGAUAAAGUCAGUCCAACAACUGGAACACUGUAUGCUUAGAACUGAAAAAAUACCCAUUUACAAAAUUUACUCAUUUAUCUAUUGCUCUUCUUUCUUCACCGUUCCGAAAGAAUUGGACUCCUCCAUGAGGGGUGGCUAAAGUUUAGCAGCACCGAGAACUGGCUGCUGGUGGCCUGGAUCACUUGCUG